AUGUCCCAAUCUCAAUCAACAACAGACCUUUAUCGUGUAAACGUUUCCCGAGGCGCUGAACGGCUAAAACCGAGAGGCAAUUUCCAUGUUGAACAAGAACUGUACGAGCUGUGUAACCUGAGCGGUGUAACAUUGGACCCCGAUGUAUUUCAAAUACUUUUGGACUUAAUUCAGAUUAAUGUCUCGCCAAAUGCGUUGGUACAAGUAUUGAAAAAGAUGACAAAACAAGGGACCCAACGUGGGUCUUUAGAGAAUGUUACACCAAGUACUAGUUAUGCGCAGAGUGAAAGUGGCCGGUCACAUGGGGGGACGUCAGUCAGUAGUGACUCUGCAUUUGAGGCCUCGAAGGGAAGUGUGUUCAGGGAUGAGACUACUUCGGAAACUGAGAAAAGCAGCACCGAACGUUUGGCUAGUCGGCUUCGGGCUCUUAAGGCAGGCCGCAAGGCAACAUGA